AACAAAACAUGAAAUUUCCAAAAUGCCAGGCCAAGGGAUGUAAGAAAAGAUCUAUCUUCUACCUGACUCGUUCUGGCAAGUAUGUCUGUAGCGAUGAUAAGGCAGCUAGAUAUAAUGAAUAUGCUGUUGAUCUUGAUGAAGAAUGUAUUACACUCAUCACUCCAGAGCCAGUCAAAGCAUUGUUGAGAACCAUCAAUCAGUGUAGAAAAGAAUUAGAGUUCUCUCCAUUCACAUUUGGACAUCUUUCGACUCCUGAGGAGUAUGAAGGUCUGAACCUAACGAUUAAAGGACACAUAGAGGAUAUCCUCAUACAACUUGAGGCUGCUCAGAGAAAAUAAAACCUACUAUAUGUUUGAAUGUCUCUUACAGCAAGCCAAGAAGGUGGAGAAGAUACUUACUCAAGAUAAGAUUUUCCAGAAAUAUGCUGUUAUAAAGUUAUGGAAAGAAGCUGAAUCUGCAAUUACAGGCGAUCUUCAAGUAAACAGUGCUUCAAUAUCCGAACAGCUAAUUGAGGAAUCCAAAAAUCCCCAAAAUUUUCUUCUUCCCCAUAAUUUCCAAAGCAACCCUUUGCUUGAAGAGAUCUUGAUUCUGCAGAGAUCCAAGCACUUGUCUCAUCUAGAGCAGAUCGUCAGUCAGCUUAAGACUCAAAGGAGAGGUGUCCAGUUGGACCAUCAAAAAUUAAUCUCAGAGCUCCAAUCAAAGAGGACAAGGAAGAAACUUAAGAUUAGGAAUCUGAGACUCAAUCUUAAGGCACAGAUAGAAGAAAAGAGUAAAGCACAAGAAGAAUAUAAGAAUUCCUUGAAGUCUAAGCAAAGAGAUAUAGCAGAAAUGCAGAAGAUUAUUGGCAAGCUUGAAGAAGAAAGCAAAUAAGAGCGAAAUGGAAAAUUUCAGGCUGAAGCAAAGUAUCUCGGACGGAAUUGAGACUCUUAAAAGAGAACGUCUAGAAAACCAGGCUGUAAGAGUCAGAGACAACAUUCUGUACCAAAGAGGUAGGUUAAAAAUGUGUUCUUCUUAAGUUUCUUAUGAGUAUCUUCUUAUACAUCAAUAACAUAAAAAUUGUGCGCUUAUUACCAAUCUGGGCUUGUCAUGCUUUCUGCAUGACUUAAUUAAAUGUCCAGAAGCAGCAUUUCCUGUAAGACGGAAUGUUUAAACGAUUUAUUGAUAGUCCAAAGCGGUGUAAUGCUUAGCCUAAAUCUGAGAAAUACUCAUAAGUCAUAUUUAGCCAAGCAAAAGCUCUUAUCUGUGAUUGAUGAAUACACUUAUAUUGAGUCUAGUUUCCUUUACAAACAUAUAAACUCAUUGCUUGAAGAGAGCUCAAUAGUAAAAGAUUUCCUGCAGUUCUAUUCCCUAAGAAUUUAGAUGGGCUGAACUUUAACGAUAAUUCUAUUUUAAGUGAUGAAUUGGACGAGUAUGCUAACCAGCUAGUUGAGGUGAGCAGCAGAGUUGGGAUCGAGGUGAGAAUAGCUAAUUUUAAAAUUAGUCAGGAGAACUUAAUUGCUCUACUUUCAGCCUAUAAGCACAAGCGGUCUUUCACCUUCGAUUCAUGAAUCUUGGAUCUUUCCUCUGUGCCUUGCUUCUUGGGAGCUCUUAAGGGAUGUCUGAUACAGGAACUUUACCUGACCGGCUGCGGCCACUGCUCUAGAUCUGACUGGGCAGAGCAGCCCAGUCAGAUAGAGAAUUUGGUGGCAGGCCUAGCACAAGAAGAGGACUUGAAAGAGAGUCUGAAGGUGAUCGGACUUGAGAAAUGAGGGAUCGAGCAAGAGAAAGCAGAGCAGAUUGUGAAGGAAAAUGGGCUGGAAGAUGUCAUUGUGCUAAUGUGGUAAAGUUAUUAGUGAAGAGAAUGGCGCUUUUGU